AUGCCUCACGCACUGCUGCAGUCACAGAUGACCGGUGUCCUUGGGGAGUUUGGCCGUUACUCUUCCUUGGCCAAACUCAUGUCAAUCUACCAAGUGACCAACACGACCUCCUUCAACUGGACAGACAGCCGAAUUGUUGAGUGGGAAAAAUUUGCUGAGCUGGCUAAAUAUGAGCCAGAAUCCCAGAAACCAACAGUGAAAGCUCUACUAAUUGUGGCCUACUCAGUGAUCAUCAUCAUGUCCCUCUUCGGGAACAUGCUAGUGUGCCACGUGGUGCUCAAGAACAAGAGGAUGCACUCGGCCACCAGCCUCUUCAUCGUCAACCUGGCAGUGUCAGACAUCAUGAUCACGCUGCUCAACACUCCCUUCACCCUGGUUCGAUUUGUGAACAGCACGUGGAUCUUUGGCAAGGCCAUGUGCCACAUCAGCCGCUUUGUGCAGUACUGCUCGCUGCACGUCUCCACGCUGACCCUGACAGCCAUCGCCGUGGACAGGCACCAGGUCAUCCUGAACCCACUGAAGCAAAGGAUGUCGCUGACAAAAGGCGCAUUAAGCAUCUUUGUUAUCUGGCUGAUGGCGACUUGCUUCUCCCUGCCCCACGCUAUCUACCAGAAGCUUUUCCAGUACAACUACAGGGAAGCCACUGUGCGGAGUUUGUGCCUCCCUGAUUUUCCUGAGCCUGCAGAACUGGUCUGGAAGUACCUGGACCUGUCCACCUUUCUCCUCCUGUACCUCCUGCCCCUGCUCAUCAUCACUGUCACCUACACACGCCUGGCCAAGAAGCUGUGGCUGCGCAACGCCAUCGGGGACAUCACCACGCAGCAGUACAUCACCCACCACAGGAACAAGAAGAAGAGCAUCAAGAUGCUGGUGCUGGUAGUGGUGGUCUUUGCUGUCUGCUGGUUCCCCCUCAACUGCUACGUCGUGCUCAUCUCCAGCCUGGGUAUCAAGACGAAGAACUCUCUCUAUUUUGCUCUGCACUGGUUUGCCAUGAGCAGCACCUGCUACAAUCCUUUCAUCUAUUGCUGGCUGAACGAGAGCUUCCGUUCCGAGCUCAAGUCCUUGCUCUGCAUGUUCCAAAAGGUGCCGCAGACGCAGGACCAUGUGCUGGCGCCCGUGAUCAUGUCGUGCCGCGAGGCCUGGAUGGAGCAAACCAGCUGCAAGAAGGCGCCUUCCUCACACACCUUUUGCUCCACUGUGAAUGUCCGGACAGGUAACACAGACCUGUGAGCAGAGCAGUGGGGUGAGUCAGCUGGAUUCAGGGGACCUCAAGGGCAUUUCCCAGGUGAUCCUGAGACUCUCAUUUGCUUAUAGCAACUUUUCCUGUGUUGCUUGCUUGUCUCACGGUAGCACACGUUUACCACGUGCCAUGGAACCAUCCAAGUAACCUCUGCCUUACACUCCAGGGUCGCUGGCAGAGCAGCAGGAGUUGCAUGUUUUGACGUGUGUUUGAAGGAAGAACUUUGAUAUCCCAGGUUGUCUCAAUCCCGGCAGAGUUUCUCCAGGUAACUUACACCAAGGUGUCUCUACAGCACUCAAGGUAAAUGGUACAGUCAACAGCAGUAUUGACUUAAGGUAGUGUUGCUCUUUCUCUAGAUCUGUAGAAGAAACAGCUGCGAAGCACCCCAAAAGUAAAAGCAGAGCAGCCAUAGCAGAGCUAAGCGAACAGCA